AUGAUGUCCACAGCUCCCAUCAUCCCAGCCCAAGAAGAAACCCCUUCGAAAACAGAACCCUCGCAGACUCUCGCCCACAGUCCCACGACUUCCCAACCGGCUUCAAACAAGAACGACCACAACCCCAGCCAUCACCACAACCAGGGCAAGAGCGAGCAUGAUACAGAGCAUGACAAAGUCGCCGUAGAGCCAACUGUGACAUUGACGGCCGAGAACAAGCGCUGUGUCUUUGCAAAGCCGGCCUCCGAAAGGGAGGAAAAGGCGGCCACUGUCAUCCAGUCUGUGUACCGGGGAUACCAUCGCAUCGAGCUCAUCCACAAACGCGACGCCAUCGAUCAUCAGGCGCAGGAAGGGUCAACCCAGGUCUCUGAUGAUCCGAAUCAGUCUUCGUCUCCGCUAUCACCACCAUGCACACCCAAUGAUAACAAGACACGGUGGGCAUGGAGGCGAGUAGAGUUCUUUGGCUCGCGACUCGGCAAGGGAAGCAAUGGCGUAUCGGCCGAGGAGGCGCUGGUAUUGGUAAGACUGUUUACCCUGGCGCUUGUGCCGUAUAAGCAACUCAUGUCGGAGGCGGAGAAGAAGCUCACUGAACACUGGCUCGAGAUGUCCGACAAGAAACACAGAUACGGUUCUAAUCUCAAGGUCUACCACGAGUUCUGGUUGGCACAGGAUACCUCACAAAACUUUUUCUAUUGGUUGGAUAAUGGUGAUGGCAAGGAGGUCGACAUUGAGGAAAGACCUCGGGCGCGACUCGAUGAGCAGCGUGUCCAUUACCUUCAGGAGUACGAGCGCGCUCAAUACGCUGUCAAUGUCAUUGAUGGACUUUUCUAUUACAAGCAGUCGGGUCAACUUGUCCACACACUUCCAACGUCGGUCAAGGCUGAUGACGAUGUCGAUGUCUCGCAAAUCCUUCCAGAUGCCAACGAACAUGACGAUGAGGCGACACGGCUGGAGAAGAAGCGGAUCCGCAACAAGUCCAAGUUCAUCUAUGUGACGGACCCCCAGGGCGUACUCUAUAUUGCGCAGAAGGUCAAGGGACAAUUCCACCACUCGAGCUUUCUGGGUGGUGGGACCGUCUGCGCCGCGGGAGGGAUCGUUGUCAAUCGAGGCAAGCUGAUCAAGAUCAACCCAAAGUCUGGACACUACCGGCCGGGGCAGAGGCACUUUGAGAGACUGCUGAGCAACCUGGAGGCGAUGGGGAUAUCGCUGGAGGGCGUCAAGGUCUCUACAGGAAUCCUGGAGGCUGAAGUUGAUGGUGAUGGUAACGAGCCAGGGCGGGAAGGGUCGAGUGACCGGUUGGUGAUGCCAUUAGUCAAGACGGACAUUGUAAAGAACUCUAAAUAA